CAACUCGCUGAAGCUGGCACUGUCAACUCUAAUUGCUUUCCCGAGUUGAGUGACUUGCUGGCCGCCGACUUGAGCUCCAGCUUUGGGCUGCCACCGGUGCCGGCAUACUAAGCUGUCGCUAACUAUAUCAUAUUGUUCACUUAAUCCACCCUCAGCUCGUCACUCAGCGUUUUGGUCCGAAAUGCGCCCGCACCUGAAACGCACACUGGUCUGCCUCGUAGCUUCGCUACUGACCGUGCACGCUCAUCCUAAACACUUUUAUAAUCCGGCCGAGGGCUAUGUGCACCCUGCGCCCGCGUGCACUGCACAUCCUGCGCGGAGCUAUCUCGCUGAAGGCAGCAUCCACGGUGUGCCUCAGAUCGACAGCCGCAUCAGCUUCACGCUCUCCGGGAGCGACGGCGUUGCUGCAACGGUGUGUCCGGGCUCAUCAUACACCAUUUCGGUGAACUUCACCGACGUGCGGCUGGCGAUGUUGACGUCCGGGCAGGCCGUGGCGUUCACUCGGCCCGCGGGCGGCUGCCCCAACCGUGCGGACCUGGGCGGGUCGCGCACGAUCGGCGCCCAGACGGGGUUCGUGGUGCCCUUCAAAGUGGCCUGCACCGCCUCGGGCCAGCUGAUGUUCCGUGUGACCUCGGCCGCUGUGGAGCCGCCCAACGCCUGGAAGCAGAACAGUGUCACCUUCGCCGUCUCGGCCGCCUGCGCCGCCCCGGCAUGCGCCACCACCCCGACGGCCCCUCCGUCCCCGCCCUCCCCUCCUGAUGCACCCGAGGAUCACGACCACGACCACGACCACCACGACCACGAACAUGCGCACGCACACCCGCCCAUGCGCCGGCCGCCGCCAAGGCGCGCGCCGCCGCACAGGCUGUGGGUGAUGCGUGGCAGCCAGCGUGGCCGGCAUUAGGCGGAUGGGCUAGAGACGUAGAGAUAGAGGUAGAUAGCGCAGCGAGAUUGGAGCGGGAGACAGCCAGAGAUUGAGUGCAGCCAGCUACUUAGCUGCUGCCCCUGCGCUGCAUGCCUCUUGCUGGCCUACCAGAUUCACGCCCAGCCAUUGAAUUGUGUAGACUUGGUAGGAGCUCCGAGCGCCCUCGAUUGUAU